AUGGUCAUUCAAUCAUGUUUCGUAUUAAGUUUCGUUAUAAUAUUAAUUGAAUUAACAAAUAAAAUUUCGGGUGAAAAAGAAGAAUUUUGCGAAACUUUACCCUCGUUCAUACACAUAAUUAAAGAGGAAUUCGACGAUGUUGGAAGAUUGGAAAGAACUUGCAGCGGUGAAAUAUCCGUUAAUAAAUGCGAAGGAGCCUGUACGUCACAGGUACAACCGAGUGUCGUCACAUCAACGGGAUUCUUAAAGUUCCUUCGAGAAAGAAUAAUAACAUUAACGCACUGUUACGAUUCCGAUGGUAUCAGGUUAACAGAAGAUUCUAGAAAAAGUAUGGAUAUCAAAUUGAAAGAACCAAACGAUUGUAAAUGUUCUAAAUGUUGA